AUGCGAUUGCGUCGAGGAACAUUGUUACAAACUAUUCCACCUAUUGAUCCACAUUUACUUCAAUAUAAACAACAUAAUUUAUCAUGGAUCAUGUCGGAGUUUGUUGCUAUUACAGCAGCAGCAGCUGCUCGAAUUAUAUUUGCCAUACAUGGUAUUGCAGCUAUUUGGCGAGUAGCAUUAGUAUAUAAACAAAACAAAUACUGGUUUCAAGCUAUCACACUUUUUGGUAUCCCAGCUGAGUUCUUUGUUACACUUUAUGUUAAUAAUGGUCACGAAUGGAAAUGGUUUUGUCCAUCGGUAUUUUUUUAUUUAUGUACAGUUAUACCGAGUGUAUGGUUUCUUGAACUUGAUCUUGCUGAAAGACGUUCAAAAUUUAAUGUUACACAAGCACUUGGUUUAAUUCCUGUUUCACAAGCAAAUUCUCAUUUUGAUAGUGAUGAUACAUUACCACUUGUUCCAUGGAAAAUUCCAGCUGAAAUGUGGACACAAAUCGUAGAACAAACACUUCUACUUGUUCUUAUUAUUGGACGAUGGUUAUUACCUGUUGGAAAAACAAUGACACGUGAUCAACUUUCUCAAUUAUUACUUGUCUAUAUUGGUACAGCAGCUGAUAUUAUCGAAUUAUUUGAAGCAUUUAAAGAACAUGAUGUUCAAAAAAAUUUAACUAUAAUACAUCUUAUUCUAUCAGCUUGGUCAAUAAGUUUAAUGCAAUUUACACUUGUUGUUACAUCAACUAAAUCACGUAAACAUCGUACUGGAGGUUGGAAAAAACCAGACCCGGAAGAAUUAAAAAAAUAUCUUAACUGGAGAUUAUUCUGGGAAACAGAAUUAUGGGCUCUUUGCACUACAAUUCUUUUACAGGACGGUCCAUUUCUUUGUCUUCGUCUUGGUUUAAUAAUUCACUAUAAAAUUAUUUCUCAAUCAAAUGUAUUUUUUACAACAAAAAAUUUUCUCGUUGUUCUAUUACAACUUUAUCGUGUUUGUGUUAUUAUUAUUGAACAUCGAAAACGACAUCUUUUAGCACGUGCAAGUGAUGCUGCUCUAACAAGUACUCAAUUAGCUGUUGUAUCAAAAAAAUCUCCGACUAAUCGUAAAAAACGUACAGAUACAUUAUCAACAACAACAAACGGUAGUUUAGCAUUACAAUCAAUUUCAAUGACAAAUCUUCGUCCCGUCAGAUUUAAUGAUAUUCAUGCUGAUUUCGAAGGUAAAUCAGAUCCAUUACCAAGACGAAAACAUCUAUCAACAUCAAUUCUAGUUCCACCACGACUCCCACCAGCUCGACCAAUAAUUUCGCAUUCCAAAUCGUUGACCACAGUACAACAACAACAACCAAAUUUUACUUUGAAUAAUAAUAAUAAUAUAUGCACAGAAGUAUAA